UGUUGUUUCCGUGUGACUUGACAGUGCACAGGAAGGUCUUUCUGUCCAUGAUGACAACUUUAAAACGGCAGCACGCGCUGAAGCUCGCGACACGUUUUGCGUCAAUUUAACGCGGUUUUCCUCUAAUUUUUUGUUGUUGUUGACGUCGAAUGUCGUUUCCGUCUGGAAUUAGCUUAGCCACACUGAGGCUAGCUGCUAGCCAGCUAGCAUGAGCGCGGGCCAUCGCGGUCUUUGUUUACAUCCAGUCAUGAUGACGAUGAUGAUGGUAGUGAUGAUGAUGAUGACGAUGAUAAGGUGGUGAUGGUGUGUUAGCUAACCCCGCUAUCAGCGCUGUUUCAGCAGGACAGUGACAGUCUUCCGCCCCGGGGAUCGAACACCCACCUCGCUGCUGGCAUCGUAGCCUGAUGGAAGUGUCCUCACAGGAUCCAUCCCUUGUGGCCAUGGACCUGUCAAAGAGCUACAAACCCCUGACCCGCAGCCACACUGAAGCCAUGGACCUGGUGAAGAAGCCGGAGUGGUACCAUCGGCGUCCAGCAGGCUGCAGCGCGGACAUCACAGUGUCCUCGUUUCGAUCCAGAGCCUCGUCGUCCUCUUUUAACUCUCUCUCAGCGGCACCUGCUCCCGCCGCCGUCCACUGCAGAGACAUGGACCAGCGCCCUGAGGCUUUGACCGGCUACAUGAACUCGUCAAUUACUCCGGGUCUGGAUUUAUACCAUGAUGGAGUUCACGGCAACCUGUGGCAUCAGGGUUUCUACGGUCCUGACCGGAGUGGCGGCCCCGCUCCUGAAAGCAGCGGCGCGGAGGAGAGCGACAGCAGCUCUGAUGUUAUUUUCCUUGUUUCCUCUGCAAAGGAGCCGCUCUUAUGUAGCUCCUUCAUCCAGGACAGUGUGAGACACAUCGUGGAGCCUCUGUCGCCGCCUGUGUCCUCGCUGGGGGGAGGGCGAGACUGCUGUCACCUUCCUCAGCCUCUGAGCUCCCCCAGUGCCGACAGCUCGUAUUCAGACGACUCGUCGGACAGCUCAGUGGACAUCCCCGUUCAUCACACCAGGCCCGUCGUCCUCCUGUCGGACCUCGGCUCCGUUUAUGGCAACCGCGUCCAAUCUCUCAAUGUUUCCAGCGACGACAGCGACGUCAUUGAAGUCUCCGUCACUAACUGCAGGAAAAGAAGCCGCAGCUUUUCUCGCAAGAAAACUGUCCCUUGUAAAAAGAGUGACAUGAGCGACACAUCGCCUCAGAGUGGAAGAGAAAAAGCUCCAGCUAAAAAAGUGCGGCGUAGCACCAGAAUCAGAAAACCUGUGUCUGAGACACCGCAGUUUUCCUGCGCGGCGUCCCGGUACAGUCUGAGGAGACAGGCCAAAAAUGACGCAGUGGGAAUUUACAAUGAAAGCUGCGAUUCUGACGAUAUGAUGGAUUACACGGCAAGGUUGUCCAGCCCAGAGGUUGACGAGUCCCUCUCACCACCAAACGAGUCACAGAGAGCGAGUAGCUCACACGAGUCAGAUGUGGACGCUCUGACGGAGAGGACGUCACCGCCACCUCGCGGGAAACCUACGAGCCCGGCUAAGAAGCCGCUCACAACAACAAAAAGGUUAAGAGGAACCAAACAGAAACAGCAGAACCUCAAGGCGUCACCAGCAAACAAAAAAAACACCACAAGACGGAAGAAAAAAAGACGAACUUGCUCUGGACCAUCUUCUCUGUUUCCUCCCAGAGAGCCAGAAAUCAAGCUGAGAUAUGCGAAACUUAAAGCGGAGAAAAAAGCCAAGAAAUCGGACGCUUUCUGUCCCUUUGUCCACGUAGAGCAAAGGACGUGCACUGUGGUCAACUUCGAGGAGGAGGAGGCAACUGUGCGGAGCAGCCGAGGAGCACGGACACAGAUUGGCGUCAAGUCUCUGCCCGGGUCUUUACCCAAGACGUCCUGUUUCAGGCUGAGUCGGCUCCGCUCAGAGAGCAGGAGCCAGGGGGCGCUCUCCUGCAGCCUGUGCGGUCAGAUGGCCAACUUGAAGGGUCUCGGGGACCUUCAUGGCCCAUACUGUCGCAGCAGCUCACGUUUGGACGUCCAGAGCUGCAGGACUGUGCAGAAGGAGGAAGAUUGCUCGCGCACACUCGCUGAUUCAGUCAAUUCCCCAGACAUUAGUUACAAUAGUCGCGCAUGCUCUCCUGCGGUCACGUGUUCACAAGGCGGCGACAGCAGCGCACUGCCAAAGAUCCGUCUUCAGGAGGACGAGUGCUGGAUUCACGAAGACUGCGGCAUCUGGUCCACCGGCGUCUUCCUUGUCAGAGGGAAGCUGUACGGCUUAGAGGAGGCGGCACGACUGGCACAGGAAACAGUUUGUUCAGCGUGUCAACAAACGGGUGCAAUUAUGGGCUGUUUCCAGAAGGGCUGUUCCAGAAACUAUCACUACAUAUGUGCCAUUCACUCAGAACAAAGCGUUCACCAGUAUCACCCGACGACGCAGGAGAUGACGCAGAAGAAACACGGAGGCUCUGGAGGUUUGUGA